AUGGAGGAUACAACUGAAAUGCAGCUAAAUGCAGCUGCUGUUGUUUCAGAUGUACCUAAAGACAUACCUUCUUCAAGUAGCAGCUGGCUUAUUAACGAAAUUAAGCAACCACCACUGGAGCUCAAUUCGUCUACAAGUACCAUACACCAAGACGAGGAGGAUCCAUAUGAAUAUUCGGAAAGUUCAUUUGUUCCUAGCAUUAAUUCGAGUACUGACAAUGAUUUUGAAAUCACAAAUGAGGGUGAAGAUGAAAAUGAAAAAGAGGUCAUGGUAGCCGAUUAUAAAAGCAAAGGUAAGAAACGUUUAAGGAACGAAAGUACGUGGCAACGAAACGAACGAAAAAAGAAGAGGAUGGCAGGCCAACAAUAUAAAUCUUCCAAAACUAAAAAGACUAUAAAGGAAAGGAAGGUUCGAGAGCCUUGUAGAAACUGUCGUUUAAAAUGCAAUGAAAACAUCUUAGGUCCUCAGCGAGCACAAAUUCACCGACAAUUUUGGAAUCAUGAGACAACCAUAGAUCAAAAAAGACAGUUUUUAUGUUCUUGUCUUGAAAAAAUGUAUAUCAAAAGAAAAAGAGAACGAACAGGUGCUCGAGCUGGAAAACGCCAUUGUAACUGGAAAUAUUUUUUUACCGUUGAAGGAAAGAGGUUUCAAGUUUGCAAAUUUAAUUUAUCGUUCGCUGUUCCUUCAAAAGAUACUUGUGAUAAAUGUGAUGAAUUUCUAAUCAAUCUAAGACAGUCAAACUCUGAAGCUGAGCGAGAAACAUUACAAGUGCAGUAUAACGCUCAUUUGUUAGAGGCCGAUAAACGGUACAAAUUGAAACAGAUAGACAAGGAGAUGUCCAUCAAUAACCCUGGACAAAAAGUUUUAAUGAUAGAUUUACAAAAAUGUCUUGCUUGCCCAAAGCUAACUAACUCUCAAAGUUUUUACAGUCUAAAACUCUGGUGUUUUAAUUAUACAAUUUAUGAUUCAACGGAAAAACAGGCGAACUGUCUAAUGUGGGAUGAAUCAAUUGCUGGCCGAGGUGGAAACGAAAUGGCCUCAUGCUUGGUCCAAUACAUUCAUUCAUUACCUCAAAGCACAACUUCGGUUGUUAUUUGGACCGAUAACUGCCCAUCCCAAAACCGGAACAUACAAAUGAUUAUGUGCUACUUUUAUCCACUUUCGAGAUAUCCACAUAUAAAGGAAAUAACUCACAAAUUCCUUUUGCGAGGGCAUACGCACAUGGAGGUGGACAGUAUACAUUCAGUUAUAGAACGAGAAGCUAAAAAAUGUCCUAAUUUUCAAAUUAUUACUCCAUGGGAUUGGUUACAGUUGGCUAGAAUUUCCGGAAAAAACAAAGAUUUCAAAGUGUAUGAAAUGAUAACGUCUAAUUUUAAAGACUUUAAUAAACUGUACAAUUCUUGCGAUUCACCAUUUCAAAAUAAUAAGAAAACUGAGAACAACGAAAAAUUUUUAAUUUCACAAGCAGUAUGUAUGCAAUUCGGACAAGAAAAUCCUGGGAUUGUGUACUUUAAAACAGACUUCGAUUUGGAAUUUCAGAGUGUAGACUUUACCCGAAGAGUUGGUAGAAGAAAUCAUCAAUCUUUAGAAGACUCUCUGGUUACCUUGAGAGAUACCUAA